AUUCCAGUUUAAAAUACGAAAUUCUUCCAGACGGGCAGAGGCAAACGUGCUGGCAACCUGUUUCGUGUUUCGUAGCAGCCCAAAAAGGCGAUCACCUGUAGAUCGCGAUGCGCUCCAGACGACCCCAACCGGCCGGUGGUGAUUCAUCCUUUCUGCAGAAAGGAACGGCACGUUUCAAAAACCUUAUCCCGAAUCUGCAUUUUGCGGAGAACGAUGAAGAGGAACUGGCGGAAGAAAUUGGCCUCCCGGCACGUCCCACUAUACCGUCGCUGUUGCAAAGAAAUUCCCAGAUCAACCUGCUCGAAAAGAUGGAUCACAGUGGAGAGCAGAACAAGCUAAAUGAGUUGCGCAAUCGCAAGGGUACGGUUCGGAUUAAUCAACCCAAGGUGACGCGACAGGACAAGGCACGUCCGCCGGACGAUGAGCAGGAACCGUUCGGUGAAAGCCUUAUGCUGCUAGAGUUUGGUGAGAAUGCACCAGUCGAGGCGAUACAGUGGAUUAUGGACAAGAUCCGCGGUCGCCGGGUGGACGGCGGGAUGGAAUUGAUGGUGCGCAAGGAACCUCUCAGCAAAGAUAGUAAAACGAUCAUUUUCCACCUUUCCGCCACGCACAUGAAGCUACUCGAGAUUGCCGACGAUAUGGGCUUUAUGAAGCGCACCAAAUCCGGCAUCAUACGCAACUUCAACGUGGCCUGUUUGGAUGAGUUUUUCUACGACGAAAGCAUGGCACUGGAGGACAUUCUCACGCCCGCCGAUCGGCAAAUCAUCGUUAAGCACGCGCUGGAAACGAUCAAGGCGGCCGACGACGAGCAUCGGAUACCGGGCACAAAGAUCAUCCUAUACCACGGCCAGUCGAUCAUACAGGCGGCACAGAGUGCGGAAUUGAUCACGAACCUUUACUCGCUGCACGACAAGCGCACGCUGAAGGAGCUGCGCCAUCGCUGGAUCAAACCGACGCGCGUGCAACCGAUCGACGAGAUACGGGACUACUUUGGCGAGAGUGUCGGCAUGUACUUUUCCUUCCUUGGGUUUUACACGUACGCACUGGUCGUGCCGACGGUGUUCGGUUUUCUGCAGCUCGGCCUGUCGGAGGAAACGGAAACUGUGCCAUUUUUCUGCGUGUUUUACGUCGUCUGGAUGAAGGUGUUUCUGGAGCUUUGGAAGCGCAAAAGCUCGUCGCACGCAUACCGCUGGGGCACGAUCACGAUGACGAAUCUGGAUGAGCCGCGGCCCGGGUACUAUGGGAAGCUGGCGCGUGAUCCCAUCACCGGCAAAUGGACACCGCAGUACCCGAAGUGGAAAACGUACGUGCAGAUGUACUGCGUGACGGCACCGAUCAUUAUGCUGUGCAUGGGCAUUGCGGCGUUUGUGACGAUUUUUCAGUUUUACGUCGAGGCGUACCUGGCGGAACUGUUUGGACCGGAUGCGUACAUCCUGUAUCUGCCGUCGGUUGUGAACGCGAUCUACAUUGCCGUAUCGACGCUGGCGUACGAUCGGCUGGCGACGUACCUAACGGACAAGGAGAACCAUCGCACCCAGAGCCAGUACGAGCGGCACCGGGUCAACAAGCUGAUUGUGCUGGAGUUUGUGAACAACUUCCUGUGUCUGUUCUAUAUCGCGUUCAUCCUGCAGGACAUGAAGAUGCUGAAAACGCAACUCAUGAUGCAACUGAUCGUGCUGCAAUUCCUACAGAACGUGUUUGAAAAUCUGUACCCUUAUCUGAAGAAGAAGGUUGGAUUGAAGAUUGUGCGAUUGUUUGUGAAGUCAAAUUACGAAAAGCUAAAGCUAGCCCACGAAUCGUACGAUGAGAUGGGACUCCGCUCGCUAGACGAAGACGAUCCGCGUGUGGUGCAGAAUCGCAAGGAAGCGAUCCUGGAGGAGUACAACACGUACGAUGACUAUCUCGAGCUGUACAUACAGUUCGGGUACGUGGUGCUGUUUUCCUCGGUGGCGCCCCUAACCGCCUUCUGGGCAAUACUGAACAACGUGAUCGAGAUACGGCUCGAUGCGUACAAGCUGUGCAGCUUCUUCAAGCGACCGUUUGCGCGACGCACGAAAAACAUCGGCGCCUGGCAGUUGGCAUUUGAAACGCUGGCCGUUAUUUCGAUACUUACCAACUGUGGCAUACUUUACCUGUCGCCUCAUAUGAGAGAGCUCGGUGCCGGAUUAACCCGUGAAGCGUACACACUUACCUUCCUUAUCAUCGAGCACGUCCUGCUCGGGUUAACCUGGUUUAUCUACAAAGCGAUCCCGGAUACGCCGCACUGGGUCCGGGUGGCACUGGCAAAAGCCGAACACGAGUCUCGUCAAGCACUAAAACGAGAGGAAUAGACAACACACAAUACAGCACACCACCUGCUGGAGUUCGCCCUGUAUUCGCCUUUUCAGUCCCAUUUGCCCCAUCUCGUCAUUCAACAGCAAAAAACACGAUCCCCUACACACGAUGAACGCCAAAACCAAGCUCCCGAUCAUGCUGUUUUAGUAAUAAGUAAUAAGUAACUGCGUUGUACACGCUCUAAGCAACUAAUGUGUUAUGCUUAUUUUAAUACCAGCAAGUGCCCUAAUCAAAUUGAGUGAGAGAGUUAGAAUGUUCUCGGUUUUGUGCUACAAACACCAGAGCUGCAAAUAACAGUUUUUCAAACAGCCAUAGCAAUAUCUACCUCAAGAGCAUAAUGCAUACAGUCCAAGCAAGGACAGGACGUAGAUCUUCGCCUCCAGCCAUGCAGCUUUUGGUUUCUUAAAAUUAAAGUGUGUUGCAUGUGCGUGUGUGUUAGUGUGUGAGUGUGUGUGUGAUAAAAGAUUUACUUAACAAUUGGCCGAAGAUGACCUGUCUACAAAGGAGGGCUACGCUCCGCCCAUUGUCAUUACUUACAGAACGCACAACGAUCUCGCAACGUGCUGUUCCGCAGGUUUCGUAGCGUAUACGAUACGCAUUCGAUGCUGAGCUAAGAAGAUACAGAGAUGAUUGCAAAAUUGUUACCAACUGGGUUAUUAACUUAAUAAGUGAUUUUAUUUUCUAAGCAUAAGAACCAUUAGAAAUGGGGCAACAAGGCACGCGAUCGUGUUAGGAGCAUACUGUUUGAUGAUUUUAAUAAAACAUUGUUGCAAAUUAA